UGACGUUGAAGAUGGCGACGAGUUCGACUUGGAGGGCAAAGGGCGAGCGGCAGCGGUGGCAGUCGCAGUAAUCAUCGUCGUUGUUGGGCUGCGGGGGCGGCCCUCGUCGACCGAUAGCUCUUCUUUGGCACGCUCUUGAGGGUACGCAUGCACAGAGAGGCGACAUGUAUUCGGGCGUGGAGAAGUGUGUGUGUGUGUGUGUAUACGCGUGUUGUGCGCGGUGCAGGUGUGUUUGGGUUACAGCUACCUGUGCAUCUGCACGUUCAUCGAGUCGUGCGUUUUCUUCCUAGCGUCCAUCUUCCUCAAAAGACACAUCUGACGAACAAGGCGUUCUGCGUGCCGCCGACAUUCCUUUGGUAGCCAUUGACCCCCGAGAGCAUCCAACAAACCCUCCACACGCUGGCCCUCCCCCCGGCCAGUCGCUCUCUUUCGAUCCAGCCUUCUUCGGCAUCCCGCAAGCCGUCCAGAACGCCCAUGCAGCGCUGCUCUUGGCCCCCCCAGCACCACAGCCCGACCAAUUGGCUCACACUGCCGCUGUCUUACCCUGCACCACAGUGAUGGAGGAGGUCGAGGACAUCAGCGGCCGACUCGCCCACCACGUGCCGGCCAGGCAGGCGCUCAACAUCACCGAUCCGACGGCAUUCAUCGACAGCGGCUGCUCAGCUAACGUCGUGCACAAGAGGGAGCUCUUCGACACGUCCACGCUGCGGCCUUCCACCCAACGCUUCCAGCUAGCCAAGGAGGGCAGCUCGGUCACGGCGGGCGGUGAGGGCAUUGUCAAGAUGACGGUGCGGGACGACCAGGGCAACUGGAUCAGGGUGUGGGUGUAUGCUCAUCUGGUGGAGGAGUGCCCCCUGACCCUUCUGUGGCAGAACUCGGGCAUCGGCUUCCUCAGAAGCGCGAAGAGCGCGGAGCGGGCACUGCUGUGGUGGCAGAGCAGCACGCAGAUCAAGAAAGUCAUGGUCACCAAGCAGCUCAACACCUACUACCUGACCUUCCAGCCUGACACGUCCACCACACCCCUGCCGCCUCCAGACAAGAAGACGCAGUACAUCGUCGAGCGCGGCAUCAUUCCCAUCACCCUUUCUCUGUCAACCAGCCCUCGCCUCAUCAACAGCCUCAAAGCCCUGCCUUCCCUCCCCCGUCUGCCACCCUCUGUGGCCACUCGUCAUGACCCCAGCAUGGACGACAUCAUGCUGACCAUCAACAAUGCCAUCGACAGAAAUGCCGACGACCCUCCCCCACUCACCGGCCCUGACGCACCCAUACCAGCACCGGGUGACCCAACACCACAACCAAGCCAGUCGUCUGGCGCGCCUGGAUCCAGUGGGGAUGGUCUGCUUGGUGGAGCACGUGACGCCGCUGGGGGCGGACUGACGGAUGGAUGUGAUGCGGAUGAGCGUGACGGUGGUGGAGACGAUGACGAUGGAGAUGACGGCCAUGGCGGCUGCGGAGUGAGCUUCAAUGUCAACGGGGAGCUCCGUGUGUCGCUCAAGACUGAGCUCAACCACCCCCUCAACCUCACCACACCCUUCUCCCUCCGUCCAGGCACCAACCUGCCCAUGUCCGGCCCUCUGUCCAUCGUCCGGCAGCUCAGCGACAAAAGCACUCAUCUGGGUGGGGGCGCCGCGCCCGGCAGCGAGCUCUUCUCACACUCGGGCGGAGGCAACGCCGUCCCGUCCUGUCGGGACACCUGUCAACCAGAUCACUCUUCAGGGUAUGCGACCAGCCGGAUGUUUCCUGUGCAUGCGGUCACUGUGUGAUUGUGUGUUAUGUGCAGGUGUUGUUGAAUCUGCUGGCAGUCCACUCGAUCGCCAUCUACGUGGUCUUCUACCUCCCCCCGUCGCUGCUGCGAGUGACCUGCCCAGACCUCCCAGUGCGGAUACUCAGAUGGUCGAGCACACCCCCAGCCCACGCCCUCUCACUUGAAUGGACGCGCUGAGCAUCCCCCUGGUCAUGCCCAACACAACAGCCACCAUACCCCUGCACAGCAUUGAGCCCGAGAGCAGCGACAGUGCGCCUGUGGUUCCCCACUGAUUGCGAGUCGCGUUGCGUCUGCGGCGCACCUGUCAUCCCUCGUCGACCCAUGCCUCGUCGACCCCACGGGUGAUCCGCAUCAGCACACUAGCCCUCAGGCGCAUGCUCGAAGAGCAGAGGGGCCAGCGAAAGGCCUC